AUGAGGAGGACAGCAUCGACAAUACUGCGGCGACGAAUAGCAUCUUCAACGAGCCGAAGAAGGGUCCUCUUUCCAAACGAGUCUAAUUGUUUCCAUCCUCCUGUACAGCACAAACAAUCACCCAGUACAUCGCAGAUCAUCAUCAUUCGUCCACUGUCAUCCUCCUCUUCAGAUCGUCGAGAUUUUGACGUUGAGAGAUUUGUCAACGAAUUCGUAAACAGACCGAUUGGAGAUUUGGAUGAUGAGGACUGGGAAGAGCUGGAAUAUUAUCUCCGAAAAUGCUGUCGCCAAGCGGAUCCAAGCUCGGUCAAACUCUCCUUUCAAGUAUUGGAUCGAAUCAUCAGAAGCAUCGACCAAGAAGAAGAAGCCAAUCCACCUUCCAAUUUCAAUCCUCUCAAUAUGGUAGUUAUGAAUUGGAGGAAUACUUACCAGUCAGCAGUAUCAAAAAAGCACGACCGCAACCUUCCAACACCACAAGCCAUUGUCGACCAGAUUGAUGUGUGGCGGAGUGCAGAUGAUAGCUGUCUACAGCCCGAUGCCAAGACGUACACCAUGAUCAUGGAAGCAUUGCUGGGUGGCAACCACAACAAAAAGAUCAAAAACAUGAAUGAACAAGACGUCUUGUUUGCGGGAGGACUCCUCGAAUGGAUGUUGGAGGAAUCCAAGAAGCAAUUCCAAAUACAACCGACCACCUACACCUUUGCCGCCGUCAUGAAUAUCCUGAGCAAAAGUGACUUGCCAGAUCCUCCUCAAAAGAUAAAAGCCUUGAUUGACAAGAUGAAAGUUCUAGAAAAUGAAGGCUGGCCCGACAUCUCGCCCAAUCUGGUAGUCUACAAUACUUGGCUCCAUUCGUUGUCGCGAGCUGGCAAUGUGGAACAAGCCCAACACGUUCUGCAACAAAUGCUCACGGGAGAAAUUCCAGGUGUAGAACCCGAUCGGAUUUCCUUCACCGCAUUGUUAUCCGGAUAUGCCAAGCAACAAACCCAGCAAGCGGCCGAAAAUGCGGAGACCUUGUUGUUGCAAAUGCACAAACUCUACAAAAGUGGUGGUGGCGAAUACGAUUCCUUGAAACCAAACAUGAUAACCUAUACCAUUGUCAUGGAUUGUUAUGCCAAACUAGGACAAGGUGAAAAGGCGGAAGCACUCUUAAGGAAGCUCCUACAGCUGUAUCAAGAAACGAAUGAUCCCGACUGGGAAGCCGACUUGGCAACCUACAAUACUGUUCUCUUGGCAUGGGCUCGUUCCAAUCAACCAAAACAUGCGGAUCGAUUUUUGCAGUUUUUGUACGAAGAGGCGGAUGUGACUCCCGACGAACGAUCCUUCAACAUUGUGCUAUCGGCAUGGGCCAAGGUAGGAAAUGCCGAACAAGCUGAGAUUAUCUUGACCCGCAUGCACGAGUUGUAUGUCGAGGGAGAAUUGAACACACAACCGACGACCGUCACCUACAAUACCGUACUGGAUAGUUGGAAGAAUUCCAACCAAACGAAUGCUUGGAAACGGUCCAUCAAGAUUCUGGACCACAUGAUGGAACUGCACGAUGCCGGGGAGAAAGCUGUGAAACCAAAUGAACGAACCUGGAAUGCAGUUUUGAAUGCCUUGGCAAAGGCGGGCAGGGUCGAUCUGGCAUCCCAGUAUAUAGACAAGUUUACUAAAGCUUAUCAACAGGGAGACGUUGAUCAAGGACCAAGUAUUCGAGCUUGGAAUGCUUUGUUGGCGGCGUGUUUGAAGAAAAAGGAUGUGGACUCAGCCCAAAAGAUAUGGCUACAAUUGCAAAACAACCAGAGCCUGUCUCCCGACGUGGUGACCUACAACACACUGCUCAAUUGUUAUGCCAAAUCACCACAACGAAGACGAUAUCGCAACCAAAUGGAAACCACCUAUCAACGCUUACAACACGAUGCCAAUGUGAAACCCAACAAGAUUUCCUACUUGGCAAUUCUCAAUUAUUGGAUUCAAUCGCGACAAGUGGACAAGGCCGAAAGCUUGUUGGAUGAAUGGUGCGAAAAUCAUGAUUUAUUGGGGACAUCCUUUCCGGAUAGGGAUCUCUUUCACGUUGUGCUGAAUGGUUGGUCCUAUGCCAAGAAACCUCGCCAUGCAGAAUCUUUGGUGUUGAAAAUGGCCGAUCUCUCCGAACGUCCGAACCAUCGCAAUCUCAAACCCAAUGUGGAAACCUACAAUCGAUUGCUGAACGUUUGGGCCAGGUCCAACGCACGAGAUGCGGGAGAAAGGUCCGAUGCCAUUCUCCGACAAAUGCAGUCCUUUGCCAUUGGAAGCAAUACUCAUGAUGCAGUCGCUCCGGAUAUCAUUUCGUACAACAGUGUCUUGAAUAGCUGGGCCAACAGCGGUGAUCCCACCGCCGUGACCAGAAUUGAAGGCUUGGUCAUGGAAAUGAUUCUAAAGGGUUUACCUGCACUAACGCCAACCUUGGCAUCCUAUGGCACCUGGCUCAAAGCCAUUGAAAAUAGUGGGGAAGACGACAAGGCGAGAAGAGCUAGAGAAGUGUUGAAAACCAUGAAGAUUCAUCAGUUGGAGCCAUCCGAGUACAUACUGCAAAAGGUAAAAAGUUUUUCGGUUGACACAGCAAACGCUAAGAAAUAG